AUGUCGUCCUCUGAUGAAUCCAUCGCCCCCGGCGAUAUCGUCGCCGUGCAGCACGGCCAGUACGGCCGAAAAGAGGGCCUCGUCAUCGGGUCCCACAUCGACUACGCUGGCCGGCAGAUCGUCGAGGUGCGGCUCGGGCCCGAAGAGGUCUACCAAGCCUGGUACCCCACCGUCACCCGCGUGAAGCGGACGAUCUCGUACACCCGCCCGACGGUGCCCAAACACCGGACAAUAGAGCGCAUGGUCUACUGGUGA